AUGUCUCCCAACGGGCAAGCCUUUCUACUGGAUCCGACUGCGCCCGAGGGGCCAACUCGAUAUCCCCAUGCCCGCAUUAGUCCUGCCGCCGCACACAAAACCAUCUACGUCUCUGGCAUCGCAUGCCGGCGGCCGGACGGGAGCUACCCAGGUGUGACGGAGAACGCCGACGGCACUUACACUCUUGACAUCCGAGAGCAAACCGCUGCCGUCCACAAGAACAUCGACGAGAUAAUCAAGGGAGCUACGGAUGGGGCUGGUGGAAUUCUCAACGUCAUCGAUGCGGUUGUCUACAUCUUGGAUAUGAAAUCUCAGUACGCUGGGAUGAACGAAGAAUGGAACAAAGUCUUUCCAAGUCGGGACAGUGCCCCGGCGCGGGCAACGAUUGGUGUCAAGGAACUGCCUGAUCCUCGUUUGAUUGUGGAAGUCAAAGCGACGGCGGUUGUUGGUUUGUAA